AUGGGCGAACUCGCACCCACCCAGAUGACCUCAAUCGGCUCCAAUCAGCUCGAAAGUCUGCCGGAUUACAACAAUGAGAAGAUCUUCCAGAGGAACCGACUCCCAGCCCGAGCAUACGAUCUCCCGAAAGACUCACUGCUGCUUAGUGGGAAAUGGAACUUCCACUACGCUCCUACGCCAAUGCACGCUCCUCCAGUAUCCGGCAAACCAGACAUCGAUGGCUCCUGGACCGACAUAAAUGUUCCUGGCCACUGGCAGCUCCAAGGUUUCGGCCAUCCUCACUACACCAACACAGUCUACCCAUUCCCGGUCCGUCCGCCACACAUUCCAACUGAGAAUCCUACCGGUACCUACCAUCGGACCUUCACGAUGCCUGAGACGUGGGCGGAGCACUCACAGCUUCGGCUUCGUUUUGAUGGCGUCGACUCUGCUUUCCAUCUUUUGGUCAAUGGUCAGGAGGUGGGUUAUCACCAGGGUUCUCGCAAUACCAGCGAGUUUGAUGUCAGUGGGUUGGUGAAAAGAGGGUUUGAGAACGACUUGGUUGUUCGCGUGUAUCAAUGGUGCGAUGGGUCGUACAUUGAGGAUCAGGACCAAUGGUGGCUAUCUGGAAUCUUCCGUGACGUCUACCUGAUCGCUCUACCACAGUCACGUAUGGAAGACUUCGCCAUUGUGACCAAACUGGACAGUGAGUACAGAGAUGCCACCCUCGAAGUCGCCCUGCUUCUCCAGAACGUGGAGGGGCUCAAAGUCAGCUUCGGUCUCCGCGAUCACCAUGGGAAUGGCGUGGAGCUUCAGGACCCAAUUCUCCGUCCGGAAACCAAGGGCAGGGUGACGAAAAGUUUGGCCGUGUCUGAUCCGAAGAAGUGGACUGCAGAGACGCCGAAUCUGUACAGUCUGACCAUCCAACUUCGAACGCAGCAGGGCGAAACUCUGCAGUCAAUCGAAACCCGCAUUGGCUUCCGCAGCAUAGAAAUCCGUGAUGGCAUUCUCACCGUCAACGGCAAGCGAAUCCUUCUCCAAGGCGUCAACAGGCAUGACCACCAUCCCGAGCACGGUCGGGCGGUGCCUCUGGAAUACAUCAAGAAGGACCUCCUGCUGAUGAAAGCCAACAACAUAAAUGCCCUACGUUGCUCACAUUACCCUCCAGAUCCGCGAAUGCUCGAUCUCUGCGACGAGCUCGGCUUCUGGGUCAUGGACGAAGCUGAUCUCGAAUGCCACGGCUUCUACGACUGCGUGGCGAAGCCGCAGGACAUCCCCGAAUCGAUGAAUUACGAGGAGAGGAAGAAACUAACAUUUCCUGAGGCGGCCAAGUACACGUCGGACAACCCGAGCUGGCAAGGUCAGUAUGUCGACCGGAUGGAGGCUAUGGUGCAGCGGGAUAAGAAUCACCCUUCUGUCAUUAUCUGGUCGUUGGGUAACGAGGCCUUCUACGGCCAGAACCACAAAGCGAUGUAUGACUACGCGAAGGCAGUCGAUCCUACCAGGCCUGUCCACUACGAAGGUGACGCCCACGCUGUCUCCGCUGAUAUGUACUCGUACAUGUAUCCGUCCGUGGAGCGCUUGAAGAGGUUGGCGGACACUGAAGGAGUGACUGACGGCAAGUUCGAGAAACCUAUCGUCCUCUGCGAGUAUGGGCACGCCAUGGGCAAUGGUCCCGGGAAUCUUGAGGGAUAUCAGCAGGCGUUCCGCGAUGUCCCUCGGCUCCAAGGCGGCUUCAUCUGGGAGUGGGCGAAUCAUGGGCUGUGGAAAAAGGACGACAAAAGCCGAGGGUUUUAUGCUUACGGUGGGGACUUUGGUGAUGAGCCGAAUGAUGACACCUUCGUGAUGGACGGGCUGUGUCAUAGUGAUCACACUCCAACGCCUGGGCUGGUUGAGCUCAAGAAGGUUGCUGAGCCGGUGCAUGCUUGGGUUGAGGAGAGCAAUCUUGUGGUGCAGAAUCGCUAUGGGUUCAGGUCGCUUGAUCAUCUGACAGCGGUCUAUAAAGUCAAGGUCUUCACGGACAGGUACGCACAAGACUUGAUGAGUGGCAGAAGUCAUGCUAAUGCCACCAAUAGUAGCAAGAUCCUUGCGUCUGGCACCAUCGACCUGCCACAAAUAGAAGCUGGGCAGACGAGCUAUAUCUCGUUGCCCGCUGAAGUCUCAAACGCCAAUGCAGAUAGUGAGAUCUGGCUCACUGUGAGCUUCCGCAUGAGAGAGGCUUCUGCGUGGGCCAAGGCUGGACACGAGAUAGCCUGGUCCCAACACCAGCUGCAAGCUUCUGAUUACGGUGAGCCGCGAUCCUCUCAUGAUCAGAGGCUCAACAUCGAAGAGUCAGCCACCGUGUGGACCAUCACAUCUGGUGACUCCAGGGUCACAAUUGACCGAACCACAGGCAUGCUACAGUCGUGGCAGUCCAAGGGGGUCGAGCUGCUGGCAGCGAAAGGCCCUCGCAAAGGCGCUUUGCAUCCUUCCUUCUGGAGAGCGCCGACAGACAACGAUCGACCUUCAGACGAUCCGUACUGGAAGCGCUUCGGCGUCGACGCCAUGACCUCUCAGCUGCGCUCUCUCUCCAUCGUCCGUUCUUCGGAUGACGAGGUCGAAAUCGUGAGCAAGCUGUACCUCGCACCACCUAUCCUGGACUGGGGGAUGGAAGCCUCCAUCACAUACACAAUCAAAUCGGAUGAAUCCAUCAGCAUCGGAGCGAAGCUCACACCACGAGGGAAGGCUCCUGCCAACCUCCCGCGGAUCGGUCUCGAUCUCUACUUGAGCAAGGCGCUCACGCAAUCAGGAUACUUUGGCCUUGGUCCAGGCGAGUCGUAUCCCGACAAGCGAGGCGCUCAGAAAGUAGACAUCCACUCUUCACCGGUCCGCGACUUACAUACGUCGUACGACGUACCGCAGGAAAACGGCAACAGGAUGGAUGCUCGUUGGGUCAAGCUCAAUGGUGACGGUGGUCCUGGACUCCACGCUACGAGAUUGGAUCAGGAUAAGUUAUUCUCGUGGGCGGCUUCGAUGUAUUCUGCCGAGUCCCUGGACGCCACGAGGCAUCCUUGCGAUCUGAGAGAAGAGAAUAUGCUUUUGCUCAGACUUGACGGUGCUACAGGCGGAGUGGGCUCGGGUGCUUGUGGUCCAGGUGUACUUGAGCGAGAUCAAGUGAAGUGUGAGGAGAGCAGCUUUGCUUUCAGAUUGCGGAGGGUAUAG